UUUAAUGUGCUUGAACCCAAUGUCUUUUCUCAGCUUAUAUUUCCUCAUAUGUAAGUUGUACCAGCACAUUUCACGCCUUUUCACUUAUGCGCAUUGGCUGGGAAACAUAUUUGCUGGUACAGCUUACAAUGUAACGAGAAGUUUUCAUGAGCUACUUCCGCAGCCUACCGGUAGCUUCCUGUACCUACUUCAAAUAUUAAGCCUCUGUACUGAUGAUGACGCACUUUGUUGACACUGUGUUGUUUUCGUAGGCCUCCAUAUUAUUCUGAAGUGUUAGGCACAGUGCAAAAUCCAGGCGUGUAUGGUGCAACCUGCAAAAGGACUACCGGAAGAGUUUCUUCUAAACCCCAAGUAAGAUUGACAGAGUCAGCUGUAGGCAAAUCAACAAGCUUCACCUUGUAAUACCAGAGAGUGCAUGUGUGUGCAUCACACGCAGCGUGACUACAAACAUUCACUUGCCAUCUGUCAAGACCAGCUACUCCAAGCUUGCUAACUCCGCAUCCAAGUUGCGAUGGAAACCCCAGCCAACGACUUCUAUCUCUUCUUCCGCAGCGGCAACCAUCAUGAGAUGCACACCAAUCUGGUCAAGUUGUCUCGCCAUUCCGGCCUGGACAAGCAGGACUUGGCGCUGCUCGUGCUGCUGUUGACCCAGUACAUGGUGGAUACCCAGACAAGGAGGCAGGUCUUGGGAGACACUGAAUGCCGAGGAGCUCUCCAGACCAUACUGGAUACAGUGCAGCAGAAUGAGACGGCUAGGAAUUCCCGUCCCACGCAGAGCGACGUGGAUGAAAUUAUGAACUUACUGACUGCAUCCCCUGCUAUCUGUGAUGUCUACAACCGGUAGAACUGUACAACACGGCGACAUCAUUUGAGCAAAUUCCCCUACAUCUUGCAUCACUGCCAAUGGACCGAUCCAGUAAGCACCGCCCCAUGGUGUACUGACCAAUCACAGCCGUGAUUUAUGUCCGACGUGCGUGCACAGAAGUCUGACAUACGUGCACGCGCGUAUGCUGUGUGCGGCAGGAAAAUGCAGCGUGGCAUUGGAGAGGAGCACGUGGUAAUUUGCCCACGUGCGCAGUGGGCGGGGUUUACUGGAUCGGUCCAUUAACUAAUUCUAACAGAAGUAAUUCACACGCAUCGUUGGUUUGUCAUGCUCAACACAAGCACUACAAAUCUGAUUUCAAAUUCAAUAUUGUAUUUUUGUAUAGAACUCUUAAUUAUAGAAAUUCAACGAAUAUGUGUAUAAGAUGUACAUUAACUACAGUGUGACGAACACAGCCAAAGAGUCAUAAAAAAAAAACUUGUAUCCUUACCUAAGAUGACUGUUUACCUGGAAUGUUAAGUAAAUGUACAUUGUCAGGCCUGUCCCGAAUUAUAUACUGAAUAUUCAAAUAUUCGAUCCUCAACCAAAUAUUCAAAUAGCUGUUUGCCGGUUCAUGAAUAUUCAAAAUUGAAAAAAAAAAAACCUAUGCACAUAGUAGUACACACAGACUGUGAUGCAAUUUUUUCAUGACGUUGCGGCGCUUUAAUGUCAGAUGCCACUUUUUUUGUCGACGGAAACUUUUUUGUUGACGGCGGUUCAUUGUUUUAAUCCUUUUAGCAGGUUAAAGCCCGUGACAGCUGUAAAAUAUUUAACUGCAAGACACUCAUGCGGCCCAUAUCUAUCGCUGCAUGCAAAGUUUAACUGGCGCGAUUGGCAUGCAACUUUUGCAGCUGGCAGUUCAAAUAUCCGAAUAUUCAGUCAAAUGCAGAUUUGAAAAUUUGAAUACUACAAUGUAAGUUUUUCAAAAAUGGACAGACCUUAUUCUUUACAAUAAUGAGUUAACAUGGUUAACAUGAUCUACAUGUAUCUGGUGUAGGGCCGAAGGUACAUCCAUGUACAUGUUUACAGUAAUCAUUCCAAUGCUGCUAUUUUGGUCAUUGCUAGGUAUUUUAUUUAGAU